GGGAGAUGUUUCAGUCGAGGUACCUGUUCUCAUUGCAGGUGGUGGUCCGACUGGUCUGUUCACAGCUUACAUGUUGUCUAAACAUGGUGUGAAAUCGCUUCUCAUUGAGAAGUAUCCUGAAAGGCUGGCUGCUCCCAAAGCCCAUGCGUUGAGCCCCAGAACCCUUGAGAUAUGUAGACAGUAUGGACUAGAUACGAGAGCGAUACGCAAGUUAGGGUCGCCUCGUGAUGAUGCCUACUGGGUCAAUUUCUUGACCAAUCUCACUGGUGAGAAGAUUGGGGUUCUACCGUACGAGCGGAUGGAUCCUGGUGUCCUAGAGAGUACACCUGAGAUGAUCCACAACAUUCCGCAGCCAGAUUUUGAGAAGUUCAUCGCACAACAUCUAGAAAAUGACCUGAAUGUCGAGAUUCGCAAGGGUGUUGGUUUCGUGUCGUGUGAGCAGCGAGGUGACAAGGUAACCACCGUUGUGGAAGAGCGCGCCACGAAACGUCGUUGGACAAUCAACUCGAGGCACGUUAUUGGCUGCGAUGGAGCAAAGAGCCAAGUUCGUCGAUUUCUUGGGAUUGAGACUGAAGGAGAAGAUGGAUACGAGACCAUGAUGACGAUACACUUCAAUGCGAAUCUCCGGCCAAUCGUAAAGAAUGGCGUUGGCAUGCUGCAUUGGAUAGCCGAUCCUGCUUGCUCUGGUUUCAUCAUCGCAUAUGAUCUUGAUGGAAACCAAGUUUUGAUUAGCAACUUCGAUUCGAAGAGACACCCUGUAGAAUCAUGGACAGAAAAACUCGCACAUGCCACAGUGUCAGCUGCGAUAGGACAAGAUAUACCGAUCCAGAUUAUGAGUUUCAGACCGUGGGUUUUGAGCCGCAAGGUGGCGAAGGAGUAUCGUCGUGGGAACGUGUUCUUAGUUGGCGAUGCUGCACAUUCGUUUCCUCCGACUGGUGGCUUGGGCCUCAACUCUGGGCUAGCAGACGCGCACAAUCUUGCUUACAAGGUCGCCGCAGUGAACCAGGGUUGGGCAAACCCACGUAUUCUUGACACUUAUGAGACUGAUAGACGACCCAUUGCCGUCAUUGCGGCGGCUCAGAGUGUCAAAAAUGGAAAGUCAAUCUUUUCAUUCCUCAAGGCUAUCGGAACAGCGGAUGUAGAAGACCUUGACGAGGCCCGAAAACGGAUGUAUGAAGCCAUCCAAGACCCGGCCAAGCAGGACUUGAUAGCCGAAAAGGUCGAGGGACAACGUGAACACUUUGACAAUCUUGAAAUUCACAUUGGUUAUGUGUACGGCGACAAGAAGACACCUGCGAACGCAUCGGAUUUCACACCCAAGUUCCAGGUUGGAGGCAGAUUACCACAUGCCUGGAUCAAAUUUACCAAACCAAAUGAUACAUACGAGAUUCUUCAGCAACCUAUCGACACAUCCUAUGUUAAGGAACUAUCGAGCGAGCGAAUCGAGGCUCAACGAUUCUCCACACUUGACCUGGCGAAUGCAGGUACCUUUGCCCUUAUUGCGCCAUGCCGCGCAACCUGGAACCAACGAUUUGAGCAUUGCAAAGAAAUCCUCGGAACGGGGCUGGCUUCUCGUCUCCAACUUUGGGGCGCCGAUAGCGAUUUCAGCUUUUCUUACCACAGUCACCGAAGAUUGUUCGAAGCCCAAGGUGGAUUCUCCCAGGGCAGGGCGGUCUUAGUAAGACCGGAUCAGCAUAUUUUGGGCUGUUUGGGACCAGAUGCCUCUGCUGGAGACAUUAUCAGUCUCAUUGGAAGCCACCUCGACAUAGAGCAUUAGAAGAACAUAUGAUGAAGGUCUUCGUACAAUUCCUGAUUAGAUCGAAUAAAAUCUACGCGCAACGAAAAUGCUGCGAC